CUGUCAGACCAGUUUCCAGGUCGUGUUUGUGUGUUGAUCUCCGGGAAAGCCCUCGCAGCCACACGCUAAGACUCAGCUGGUGACAUUUGGUGCUGUUGUGUGUGCUGCAUUUCAGAUCUGAAGCCCGGGACUGGAUUUGACUGACUGCUCAGGGGGGGGUUUUAAAGGACUGUGAAGGUGUUCGAGUUCAUCAAUGCAAGAAUAGGACGUCACACCUGCUGUGAGGCUUCGUCGUCCGGACCAUGUUCUCCUCCGCCGAGCCGUACAAGAACCAGCACUACGCCGAGCUGAAGAGGGACUGCAUCAACAACAAGACCCUGUUUGAGGAUGCGGAGUUCCCUGCCGUCAGCACAUCGCUGUACUUCAGAAAACCGCCGCCUGGUUAUGUGGAGUGGAAACGUCCCGGGGAAAUAAGUAAAUCACCCCAGCUGUUUGUGGAGGGCAUCAGCGCUCAUGACUUGAACCAAGGAGUUGUGGGAAACUGCUGGUUUGUGGCGGCGUGCUCCUGUCUGGCUUUGAAGCCCAAUCUGUGGAAGAGAGUCAUUCCUGACUGGAAGGAGCAGGAGUGGGAUCCCAAACACCCGGAAAAUUACGCCGGGAUCUUCCACUUCCAGUUCUGGAUCUUCGGGAAGUGGGUGGACGUGGUGGUGGACGACCGGCUGCCUACGAUCGGCGGAGAGCUCAUCUACUGCCACUCAAAGGACAACAACGAGUUCUGGAGCGCGCUGCUGGAGAAGGCCUACGCCAAACUGUCAGGCUGCUAUGAGUCCUUGGAGGGAGGAAAUACCGGAGACGCCGUGGUGGAUUUCAGCGGCGCUGUGACUGAAGCCAUCAAGCUGGAGGAGGAAGAGUACCAUCGGGACCAAAAGAAGCAAGAGCAGCUGUUCGAGGACCUCCUGAAGGUGUACGACCGCGGAGGAAUCAUAAGCUGCUCCAUACGGGCGCUGCCUCAUGAGCUGGAGAGCCAGAUGGCGAACGGGCUGGUGAAGGGCCACGCAUACUCAAUAACCGCGGUGAAGAAAGUGCGUCUGGGUCACGGGCUGCUGGCCUACUUCAAAAACGAGACCAUCCCUCUGAUCCGCAUGAGGAACCCCUGGGGCAAGACGGAGUGGAAAGGAGCCUGGAGCGACAGCUCUGAGGAAUGGGAGAAGAUUGGCGACAUGGAGCGGGGGAACCUCGGCAUCACGGUGGAGGACGACGGAGAGUUCUGGAUGUCUUUCGCCGACUGGUGCAAGUACUUCACAGACGCCGACGUCUGCCGCGUCAUCAACACCUCGGUGAUGAGCGUCCACAAGACGUGGCACGAAGUGAUGCACUUUGGGAGCUGGACCAAGAACGCCGAGCCGCUGCUGAACCGCUGCGGCGGCUGCGCCAACCACAAGGCCACGUUCCUGCAGAACCCACAGUACCUCUUCGACGUGACGAAGGACGUGGAUCAGGUCCUGAUCUCCCUGCAGCAGAAAGACAUGAAGAUACACAGGAAGUUCGGUCAGGGAGAAAAUCUGUCCAUCGGCUUCAGCGUCUUCCAGGUGGAAAGGAACAGGAAGUAUCGUCUGCACGACAUCCUGACGCAGAAGGCCACGGACACCUCCACCUACAUCAACGCCCGCACAGUGUUCCUGAGGACCGACCUGCCUCAGGGCCGAUACGUCAUCAUCCCCACCACCUUCAAGCCGUACACGCUGGGCGAAUACAUGCUCCGGAUUUUCACCGACGUGGAAUCAGGCUGCCGGGAGCUGACGGCGGACAAGCCCAGGAUACGAUGCUGGAGUUCGUUCCUGGGGUACCCUCAGGUUGUGACUCACGUCUACGUCCACGGAGCCGAGGGGCUGCAGAACCAGGACCGCUCCGGAGGUUGGAGGACUCACGCACAACGCCCUGAAAUAUAUUUUCACUCAUCCGGCUCGCCAACACACACCUGUCUUUGUUUUCAUCCAGGCGCAGACCCCUACGUGAUUAUAUACUGCGAGGGCAAGUCGGUGAAGUCCUCCAUCCAAAAGGACACUUUGAAUCCAGAGUUUACUACGAGUGGCGUUUUCUACAGGAAGAAGCCCAGAAAGCCGUUAACAGUGGAGGUGUGGAACAGCAAUGCGGUGAAGGACGAGUUCAUGGGCCAGGUGGUGCUGUCUGGGGCGGUGAACGACCCCAACGCCCCCCAGAGGCUCCAGCUGAGGAAGCGAGGGUCGCAGAUGGCCGACGAGAUGCCCGGCUCCAUCACCCUGAGGAUCGUCUCCUCCACUCAGCUGACCGCCAUCUGACCUCCGCUGUGACCUGAGAAGAUCGUUUUCAUGUGCCAUCAAGGAAGCAGCUGCAGCGGCUGCAGUACGACGUGUUUUUUUUUUUUUUUUUACAUGAGUGAAUGCUGUUAUUUGCACGUUGGAGAAUCAUGUGAACUUUGCGAAGUGAGCAGACAGACUGAACGUCUCCUUUGGCUGGUUUCCUUUUUAUGUCAUUUCUUUUUUUAUCUUUAAAUUGUUUUAAUUAACUGUUUUAUUGUAUUACAUGAGUGAGAGAUGCGAUGGGCAUUAAUCAAGUACAGUUAACAUUACAUGUGUCGUCCCAUUAAUGGCUUCACUCAGUUUACUUUACAAAAUGAAUAUUCAUGAACAGAAAGGAAAAAAAAAUCUCAAGUGACACGA